UUUUGUUGUUUUCUCUUUUGCUUUUGUAAUUCUUUGCUUGUUUAAUGAUCCCCGCCACUGACCCGCACCCGUGCAUGGGCCACUGAGCCAUCCUUUUCAUUAAAGUUGCUUCCCUUUUCUUGCGGACAAGCCAGCGUCUUGAGACGCUUGGAGCGUUUCAAUUUGGACACCUCAACAGGUUGAGCAGCUAUUAGUAGCGAGCGUGCGUGAUCGCAGAGUAUUCUACAGACGCGGAAGAGAAAACCCCGAAAAUCCGAGGGACUUCGCUCGUGCUAUGCGGGCGGCAACGGACAUAAUGCUGUCGUGCAAGGACUACAUCAUGAAGCUAGACCUAAGCCCACUAAUUCUCAAGGAGCGCCGACGGCUGUGCAUCGCAAUUCGGAUCUGCUACGCUCAAGCGAGCUACCACAACAGCACCAUCAAUCAACUUCGGAGAUCGUUCUUGGACUGCAUAGAGAAAUCGUUCCAUAUAUUGGAAGCCAUGAGUCCGGAACUGCUCGCCAGGCUGAGACUGAAUGUGACCACCCUCGUGAAAGCCGGAACAACAUGCGCAUUCAACUAUAUUCCUCGUGAAGAAAAGUAUGCAUUAGCAAUCCUUGCGUAUUUUUCCGAUUUUAUUUCAGGGUAAAAAAGAAUCCAACAGUCAAUAAAAAAGCAGCGUGUGUUUUGGAGAUGCAGAACCGUUGCGUUAUUUCCUCGAUUCGUCGUUUUAUUACUGUUGUUUUGAAUCAGCCUUGCAAAACCUUUCGACAAGAUUUUUGUCACAGGGCGUAGCAACAG